CAGGACCGCACCAAGCUGGACCUGAUCAUGCUCUCACUGUCCGGCAGGAAGGUGUCCUUCGCCAAGGUCAUCACCAUGAUCGAUUCGAUGGUUGCCAUGCUGAAGGAGGAGCAGCUCGCGGACGAGCACAAGAAGGAGUACUGCGAGCUUCAGUUCGACGAGGCGGACGAUAAGAAGAAGGAGCUCGAGCACACGAUGGAGGUGCUGACCAACGAGGAGCAGAAGGCCACGGCGGCCAUCGAGAAGCUCACGGAGGAGAUCGCGGCCCUCGUUGCGGGCAUCAAGGCGCUGGACGAGUCCGUCGCCUCCGCCACUGCGCAGCGCAAGGCGGAGAACCAGGAGUACAAGGACUUGAUCGCCUCCGACUCUGCGGCCAAGGAGCUGCUCGAGAUCGCGAAGAACCGUUUGAACAAAUUUUACAACCCGAGCCUGGGCAUCGCGGGCAACCCCCCCGCCAAGACCGAACUGUCGGCGGAGAGCCGCAUCGUGGUCGACAUGGGCAAUCCGGACGGCAUCGUGACCACCACGCAGCCGGGCGGCAUCGCCAACACGGGCGUCUCCCUCUCCUUCGCGCAGGUGGCCGCCCGCGCCCGUGCGCGGGACGACGUGGCGCCGGCCCCGCCGCCCGAGACGUGGGACGCCUACGCCAAGAAGGGCCAGGAGAGCACUGGGGUGGUUGCCAUGAUCGACCUCCUGGUCAAGGACUUGACGCUCGAGAUGACUGAGGCCAAGACGGAGGAAAAGGAGGCGCAGAGUGAGUACGAGACCCUGAUGGCCGACUCGGCGCAGAAGCGCGCGGACGACUCGAAGACCCUUGCGGACAAGGAGAGCGUCAAGGCGCAGACGGAGGUCGACCUGCAGGGCUACAAGGCCUCCAAGCUCUCGGCAUUCAAGCAGCACCAGGCGACGAUGCAGUACAUUGCCUCCCUGCAUGCCGAGUGCGACUGGCUGACACAGUUCUUCGACGUAAGAAAGGAGGCGCGCAACGGGGAGAUCAAGUCGCUCACGGACGCGAAGGCGGUGCUGAGCGGGGCAGACUACUCGUUCUGAGGCGGCGCGCGCGCGCAGGCCGGGGGCACGCCACUGGGGCCGCGGCCUCGGGCGAGUCCGCGGGGGUGCCAGCCGCGCGGCCGAGGCGGCGCGCGGCUCCGGCGCCCUCCGCCCGCA